UUUUGUAGCUAGGAUACACCACAGUCAUCCUGGAAAUAUGUUUGUCUUCAAAACAAAACUCUCAUUUAAAUUCACUUUGCCAGCCUAGUCUCCCACUCUGCCACCUGUCAGCUAAAGGCACAAUCAGGACCUAAUAAGUUUACUCCACCAGCAGUGACUGCAGCCAGAGAUAAUGCCUGCAGUACGGCCUGUCCGGACCAGAGGACCAGGAAAAUCUGGUCACCUGAAUGGGCCACGAAAUACAGUCAAUGAUGAAGAACAGAUGGCUCAGCAGAACCUCCAACAGAUUGGAGCCCAUUUUAAAAUGGCAACGUUAUUCCAGCAAUACAGGACUCAGCUAAUCCCCAAUAUGUAUGAUAUCACAAUCACCUCAGACCCUGUGUCAACAGACGAGAAGAUCUGCCUCACUGUGUCCGAAAACAAGACAGUUGUGCCAUUCACUGUGAAGAACUCUGGUGUCACAACGGUUUAUUUAACUUUUUGGACUUCUGACCUCAUAAAGAACAUUUUCACUGUGAAAGACUAUCACGAAAACAUUGUCAAGACUGUCAAGCGACAUGUUCUUGCACCAGGAGACACAUAUAAAAUUAAGGUCCAUUUCUACUCUGACCACGCUGGCGUCUAUGAAAAGUUAUUGAUGUUUAAGUUUGAAACAUGCCAGCAGUCCUCAAAUAAGUUUCAGAUAAUGCGCCUCUUGGAAGUCACACAUCGGACAUUGGUUAGUGAAGAGCCCUGCCCCAAAGACACAGACUCAUCGUGUGACCUGAAGAUCCCCAGUGGAUGUCCUCUGGUACUCCUUAAGUUUGUGGUGCCUUUGAAUGAUUAUCCGCUGCCCAGACAUAUGAAAAACAAGUACAAGUCAUUGGAGAAACCUCUGGACUUGAAAAACUAUUCCAAGAAGUUCGGCUUGCUGCUUCAUCUCGAGGAGCACCAGCUGAAGAAAGAGUUCAAGAAAUUCAACCGGGAUAAUGUGCCCUUGUGCAGACACGAAAAAAACCCAAACAUUUUCAUUAUGCAGAUUUCAGAUGGCUGUACAGAAUCACCCAUAAGGCUGUCCAACAACGACGCACAUGUCUUUUUUUUAAACCAGUUAGGAGGUAGUAAAAAUACACUAUACAAAGGCUACGUCCUGCAUGCGGAUCCGAAGCAGGUCUACAUGCAUUUCGAUGAAUGUUUCACCUAUCGUUUUAAGGACGAUAUGAGGUUCAGGGUUAACUUUGUCGUCAACCGUACAACCCUGCGUAUGCAGCAUAGAGCAGCAGGGCAGUUUUCUAAGGAGAAACUGAAGGAUGUGCUCUUCCCUACUGAAAAACCUUCCUCUCACCAUUCACCUGUACACAGGCUGUCAAAGCUCAAGGUCAACACAGAGCAGCGCAUUGCCAUUCAACACAUUGUAGAUGCUUCUGCAAAACCUGCCCCUUAUGUAGUAUUCGGUCCACCUGGUACAGGAAAAACAAUGACUUUGGUGAAUGCCAUCAAGCAGAUAGUGGAAACUCAGGCAUCGUGCAAAAUCCUGGUUUGCGCUCCUACCAACAGUGCAACUGAUCAUCUCUUUGAGAAGCUUCUCGAAAAAUUCAAGAACAAAUUUGAAGAAUACCAGGCGUAUCGCUUGUACGCCCUGAGCGCGUCUCUGACAAAUAUUCCCCAAAAGAUAGAGUGGAACUGCAACCUGAACCAUGAAAAACUAACAUUUUUAAUUCCCCCUAAACGGGAGCUGAUGAAAUAUAAGAUCAUGGUCACCACUCUGUUUACUGCGGGCAGGCUGGUGUCAGGAGGGAUUCCACCAGGUCAUUACACUUAUAUCUUUGUGGAUGAGGCAGGCCAGGCUACAGAACCACAGUGUAUCAUCCCCAUAGCAGGCUUAAUGGACCCACAGAUGUGCCAGGUAGUGCUAGCUGGAGACCCUAAACAAUUAGGCCCCGUCAUUGCAUCCAAAGAAGCAGAGCAAAAUGGCUUGGGUGUGUCGCUGUUGGAGCGUCUGAUGAGCAACAACAGCCUUUACAAGUCACAUGAGACACACGGCUUCAACAAUCACUAUGUCACCAAGUUACUCAGGAACUACAGGUCCCACCCUGCGAUUCUGAAAAUUCCCAAUGAGCUCUUUUAUGAAGGAGAACUUCAGAAUUAUGUUCAAAAAGAGAAGUCCGAUUUAUUCUGCAAAUGGGAAUGCCUGCCCAAGGAAGAUUUCCCUUUGAUCUUCCAUGGAGUGUCAGGUAUUAAUGAACGCGAGGAUCAGUGUCCCUCUUUUUUCAACAUGGCAGAGGUGGAGGUGUUGAUAGAUUACCUAAAAGCCCUUAUUAACCAUCUUCACAAAAAUAAUAGAAAGGAAAUUAAACCAAAGGAAAUUGGCAUCAUUGCUCCGUACAGAAAACAAGUGGAGAAAAUCCAGAAUGCCCUUCUAACUGACAAAGAUCUCAAGAAGGAAAACCUGAAAAACGUAUUGGUUGGCUCAGUGGAGCAGUUUCAGGGUAGAGAGUACAACGUGAUUCUAAUGUCUACAGUGCGCAGCGCCCCAAAACUGACUUCGCAGAAUCAACGAUUCACUCUAGGCUUUGUUGAUAACGAGAAGAGGUUCAACGUGGCAAUGACCCGAGCACAAGCCUUACUGAUUGUGGUUGGAGACCCGAGAGUUUUGAAAACAGACGAAGUCUGGAACAAAUUUAUCCAUUACUGCUACAAAGAAGGGGGUUACCGAGGCAUUACUGUCUCUGAUGAAGAGGAAGAUACGCUGACUGUAAACUCGCCGUACCUCUGUGAAGAGUGAUUCAGCAACAGAUGGACCCAUGGUGAAGAUACCAACACACUCAUCUUUAGAUCCAGUGCUGAAUAUUAAAAAGCAAGAAUAAAAAACAAAAUAAGAAACUGA